AUGAUUUUAUCUAAGAGUGAAGAUGCUGGUCUGCGGAAACUUAACCUUGGUAUAGCUUUUAUGCUAGCUGCAUCGGCUACUUCAGGUUACAAUGCCAGUCAGAUUAACAGUCUUCUUGUCCUUCCAGAGUUUAACAAGUUCCUGAGUGGACUCGAUACAAAUGCGAAAGGCCUCAUCAUUGCUGCUGUCUCUCUUGGUUCCUUCCUGGCUUUUAUCCCCGCUUCAUAUGUCGCCGAUAACUUUGGUCGUCGUUUGUCCGUUGCCAUCGGCGCCACGCUAGUCAUCACCGCAUCCAUUAUCCAAGUAGCUGUCAAGCAGCACUGGGUGUUUUUUGGUGCCCGAGUGGUGACUGGAAUCGGUGUGGGAUUUUCGCAGACUGCUGCUCCAUUGCUUAUCGCAGAGACUGCUCAUCCGAAGCAGCGAAAUACAUUGACUGGUCUUUACAAUGCGGUAUGGUUCUGCGGGUCUAUCACAGCUGCAGGUAUCGCCUUCUCCACGUUGUCGAUUCAUAACAGUUGGUCAUGGCGAGUCCCCUGCAUGUUGCAGGUCUUUUACCCUGUCUUUCAAUUAGUUGGACUAUUCCUGAUUCCGGAAAGCCCGAGGUGGUUGGUUGCAAAUGAUCGCAAAGGGGAGGCACUUGCCAUGCUCAUUCAAUUUCAUGCAAAUGGGGACCCAGCUGAUAAGCUGGUUCGCGCUGAGUAUGACCAGAUUUGCAAUAGUAUCAUUGCGGAGGCGGACAUGGGAUCUGCUAGCCACUGGUCUGCUUUCUUUAGGUCUAAAGGUGACCUCCAUCGGUUUACGAUCUGUGUUCUACUGGGCUUCAUGCAAGAGUGGACUGGCAACGGCGUCACUUCUUAUUAUCUCGCUCCCAUUCUCUCUUCUGUCGGCAUCAAAGAUUCUGUUCACCAAGCCGCUGUAAAUAUCAGUCUCCAAGUAUGGAACCUGAUUUUUGCCGUUGCCGGUGCAAGUACAUCCGACAAAUACGGCAGAAGAACUCUUUGGCUGUGUGCAACAACCCUGAUGCUGAUCUUCCUAUCGACAUCCGAGAUCAUGGCAGGGCUCUUCGCAGAAAUGGGAAUCCUUGCAGCUGGAAUAGCAGUGGUUCCAAUGCUUUUCCUCUUCUGUGGAGCCUAUGAUUUCGCAUAUAUGCCGCUUUUCAUUGCUUACCCUGCCGAAAUUCUUCCCUUUCAACUUCGAGCCAAAGGCCUUGCGAUCACACUUACGACCGACUCUCUUGCUUGCUUCUUCAAUCAAUAUGUCAACCCCGUAGCGUUUGAUGCGCUUCGCUGGCGUUAUUUUUCAAUCUACGUCGGCUGCCUUGUCGUCGUAUUGGCACUUGUCUUCUUCUUCUUCCCCGAGACUCAGGGUAAGUCUCUUGAAGAAGUGUCUCAGAUUUUUGAGAAGAAAGAUGCCAAGGAGGGGGUGAGUCCCACGGAUUCUGAGGGCUCGCAAGAGUUCUACGUGAUGAAGUCUGAGCUGUAG